AUGCACUUGCUGGGCUUCUUCUCUCUGGCGUGUUCCCUGCUCGCCGCUGCGCUGCUCCCGGGUCCGCGCGACGCGCCCGCCGCCGCCGCCGCCUUCGAAUCGGGACUCGGCUUCUCCCACGCGGAGCCGGACGCGGACGAGGCCCAGGCAUAUGCAGGCAAAGAUCUGGAGGAACAGUUGCGGUCGGUGUCCAGCGUAGAUGAGCUCAUGACCGUACUCUACCCAGAAUAUUGGAAAAUGUACAAGUGUCAAUUAAGGAGAGGCGGCUGGCAGCGUUAUAAAGAACAGCCCAACAUCAAUGCAAGAACAGAAGAGACUGUAAAAUUUGCUGCAGCAUAUUAUAAUGCAGAGAUCUUGAAAAGUAUUGAUAAUGAGUGGAGAAAAACUCAGUGCAUACCACGUGAGGUGUGUAUAGAUGUGGGGAAGGAGUUUGGAGCAGCAACAAACACCUUCUUUAAACCUCCAUGUGUGUCCGUCUACAGAUGUGGAGGCUGCUGUAACAGCGAGGGCCUACAGUGUAUGAACACCAGCACAAGCCACCUCAGCAAGACGUUGUUUGAAAUUACAGUGCCUCUCUCUCAAGGCCCCAAACCAGUAACAAUCAGUUUUGCCAAUCACACUUCCUGCCGAUGCAUGUCUAAACUGGAUGUUUACAGACAAGUUCACUCCAUUAUUAGACGUUCCCUGCCAGCAACACUACCACAGUGCCAAGCUGCGAACAAGACUUGCCCCACAAAUUACAUCUGGAAUAAUCACUUCUGCAGAUGCCUGGCUCAGCAAGAUUUUAUUUUUUCCUCAAAUUCUGGAGAUGACUCUGCAGAUGGAUUCCAUGACAUCUGUGGACCCAACAAGGAGCUCGAUGAAGAAACGUGUCAGUGUGUCUGCAAAGGGGGGCUCCGGCCUUCCAGCUGUGGGCCCCACAAAGAACUAGACAGAAACUCAUGCCAAUGUGUCUGUAAAAACAAACUUUUACCCAACUCAUGUGGGGCCAACAGAGAAUUUGAUGAAACCACAUGCCAGUGCAUAUGCAAAAGAACCUGCCCAAGAAAUCAACCCCUAAACCCUGGAAAAUGUGCCUGUGAAUGUACAGAAAAUUCACAGAAAUGCCUCUUAAAAGGAAAGAAAUUUCAACAUCAAACAUGCAGUUGUUACAGAAGACCGUGUACAAAUCGACCGAAGCAUUGUGACCAAGGACUUAUAUUUAGUGAAGAAGUAUGUCGUUGUGUCCCUUCAUACUGGAAAAGACCGCAUAUGAACUAAGACUGUACUAUUUUCCAGUUUGUCAGUUUUCUAUCUUGGAAAACUGUGUUGCCACAUUAGAACUGUCUGUGAACAGAGAGACCUUUGUGGGACCAUGAAGAGCAAGACAGAAGUCAGGGUUUGCUGACCUGUGUGGAUAACUUUACAGAAAUGGACUGGAGCUCGUCUGCAAAAGACCUCUUUUAAUGACUGGUUUUUCUGCCAAUGACCAGACAGCUGAGGUUUUUCUCUUGUGAUUAAAAAAAAAAAAAAUAAUGACUAUAUAAUUUAUUUCCACUAAAAAUAUUGUUUCUGCAUUCAUUUUUAUAGCAAUAACAAUUGGUAAAGCUCACUGUGAUCAAUAUUUUUAUAUCAUGCAAAAUAUGUUUAAAAUAAAAUGAAAAUUGUAU